AUGGCCAUGAACAGAGUUGCAUCUAUUGAUGCCGUCGUCGCAGCCGGGGCUGAUGUGUUUGGCCCCCGACCAGACGCGGAACGGCCCCAGAGGGUGAGGACCCUGAGCUUCAACCCCUUUCCUCCCGAUUGGGACUUUAGCUUUGGUGCUAGCCCGAGAGCCUUGGAAGGCGUGGCGGCCUAUGAGGUCUCGAGAUGGAAGAGGAUAUUCCAAAUCGUUGCUACGCUCCUCUACUCUCUCCUAGCAGCGGGAAUCAUCUUCGGCUAUGCCGCUCUCAAGCCCGUCCUGCGCCAAGAAGGCGCCUACAAGGACACCUGCUCCGCAAAACACCCCGUCGAUGCCGACGUCGACAUCUGCGUCGAAAUGCGACUAAACAUGAUGUUCACGGUCGCAGCCGUAGCCAGCAACGUAGCCACUCUUCCCAUGGGUGCCAUCCUUGACAGCUUUGGGCCUAGAGCCUCUGCCAUCGUAGGCAGUUUCCUACUUGCCGUGGGCUCUCUGCUCAUGGCGUAUGCCAAGGAUAUUAUUGCUUUCGACGGGCUCCUUGUCGGGUACCUGCUUCUUGCGCUGGGAGGUCCUGGAGUCUUCAUCUCGUCAUUCCAGCUGUCUAAUGCCUUUCCGUCCCGAUCGGGUCUUAUCCUCUCGCUGAUUACGGGCUCUUUCGAUGCGUCCAGUGCACUGUUCUACAUCUACCGUAUCAUAUAUGAAAAGACGGCCGGCACCCUUACACUCCAGAAAUUCUUCCUCGGCUACCUUACCGUCCCUGCCGCUAUCAUCCUCCUCCACCUCCUCGUACUCCCAGCACACCCGUACAAAUCCCUCGGAGAGCUAGUUUCCAUGGCCGAGGAAUACGACUCCGACGGCGGUUACUUCAGCGACGGUUCCGUAAGUCCCCAUUCGGAAGAAGGCCACCAGACCCCCCUCCUCCGCGAGCCCGACGGACGCCGCUACGCCUCCAUAGCCACCGAGGUAGAGAACCUCCUCGGCUCCGCCCAAGGCGACGUCCUUGUCCGCCGCGAAGAGCGCCGCAACGACGUAUCCGGCAUCUGGGGCGCCAUGCACGGCGCCACGGCCCUCCAGCAAAUCCGCUCCCCUUGGUUCAUCCUCAUCAGCCUCUUCACCAUUGUCCAGAUGACACGCAUAAACUACUUCAUCGCCACCAUCCGCCCGCAAUACGAAUCCAUCCUCGACUCGGUCGAAAAGGCCAUCAGGCUUAACCACUUCUUCGAUGCCGCUCUCCCCAUCGGCGGCCUCCUCUCCGUACCAUUGGUCGGCCUGCUCCUCGACAACGUUAGUACCGUCUCCGUCCUCUCCACCCUCGUCGCAGGCGCCACCAUCAUCGGCGCCCUGGGAGUCAUCCCUCGUCUUUGGGCCGCUUACGCCAACGUUGCACUGUUCGUUUUAUACCGCCCGCUCUACUACACCGCCGUCUCGGACUACGCCGCCAAAGUCUUCGGCCUGCGUACCUUUGGAACCGUGUACGGCGUCCUCAUCACCUUGACAGGUCCUUUCAAUCUGUCACAGUACGUUCUUGACUAUCUCUUUCAUGUCAAGUUCGACGGCGAUCCGGUUCCCGUGGAUAUCAUGCUGCUCUCGCUUGCCGCCGGGAUCGGUCUCGUCUUGGUUGGCUAUGUUUGGUGGGAAGGGAAGGGGGUGCGGAGGAGGUUGUUGGAAAGGGAGGCGGAGGCUGCUUUUGAGCGACCGAGCGCGUAG